ACUCGUUUUGUGGAGUAUGCCAAAAGAUGGGGUUUUUCCUGGUUAACUAAGGCCUAUUUUUGGGUGGGUUGAACUUAUAUCAGUACUAGCAGAUUAGAGGUUCUCUCAAGUUUCAGACAUAUUUGAGUUCCUAUCUUGGAACAAUUACGAUGUCUGUUCCUAUUUUUAAGUGAUCAGUUUACUAAUGCAGGGAAGAAGCAGAUGAGUAGUGCCGAACACUGGAGGAGAAAGAGGACAGUUCAUGUACUGCCUCAGAAAUGGCAGAUGUGAUCUACCAUGCUAUGUCAUUUGUAGAUUUGCAAUUUCCAAAUGGACAGUUGACCUACGUAUCUUAUGAGGGGCUGACAACAAGUGCUUUCCUUCCUCUUUGUGGGGGCCUUCUUCAGGCUCAGGGCCAAUACCCAGGGGAAAUGAGAUAUAGUUUCUCAUGCAAGAAUAAAUGGGGAACUCGUAUCACACCAAUGGUUCUAUGGCCUGACAAAUCAUUUGCACUAGGUCUUUCACAAGCCUUGGCUUGGAAGCGGUCUGGGCUCAUGAUGAAGCUAUCCAUUCAAUUUAGAGCUCGGGCGUUCUAAGUGGAACGGAAAUGUUGGGAACUCGGGGAUAGUAGUAAGAGUUGACACGCCGCUGUCCAGUGUGGGACGUCCAUCCUUUUCUGUUCAGAUAAACAACGUAAUUGAAUUUUGAUAAGUUUGACACCCAAAGCAUGGUGUAGAAGUGUAUAUAUAGAGUGUCAUGCACGUAGACAAAUGACAUCACAUGUGAAUACCACGAUGUUACCUCUCUUAAUUACACUAAUUUCUGAUCUAGUUUGGAUAUUCAUCGCUCUUUUUUCUUUUGGUUUCAAAUUCUACAUUUUACUUCUUCCUGCUGAUUCUUGUUCUAUAAAUAUCAGGUUAAAUUUUGGUUUAUUUUUUCUUUUCCUUAAAGUCCUAAAUGUUGUAUAUGUGGGACAUUAACUUGAAAAGGGAAAAUGUUUAGUUUGUACUUUGUGGUUGGAUCAGGAAGGUCCUCUAUAAGAAUGAAUUUUCACUA